CAAGCGCGUCCAUUUCAAGUUCACAAGACCUGCGCCGGUGAAACUCAAUCAGCUGAUGGUUGGGCUAGGCCCUUCAGUGUCAAGUUUAGUCAAAUUUGCAAGUGCUCAAACAUCGGGUAAAAAACUGUUAAAUAAAAUAACGAAAUAAGUAACAAAGCGAAACUCAAAACGGGAGACGUUGCGGACGAACGGCGUGCGUUCGUUGGAUGGUCGCGAGUGUUCGUCGAAAAAGGCGGCGAGCACAAUCCGUGAAUUGUUGAAUGCCAUUGACAGCUAUCGCUGGCAGCGGCAGUUUCUGAGAGAGCGAAUCUGCGUCCUGUUAUCGGUUGUGAGCAGUCUCGGCGGCACGAUGUCGACGGCAUUGUUAGCUGUUUUCGCUGUUAUUUUAUGCAUCUUAUUCCGAAUACUGAAUGUGAACAGCCAGCCACAGAAACCAUCCAUAUUAUGCGCCGACAACAAGUUUUUGGAUAACAUAUUAAAAAUCUCGCCGCUCCUCGAUGAACCGUACAUGCCAACCAGAUUGUGGGGAUUUAGUGGCCACGUUCAAACGAUUUUACACAGCGUUAUCGGAAGAGUUAGAUGUCCUUGGCCAAUUGGCGAGAGGGUGAUGCUUAACCUUAAGGAUGGCACCACCCUUACAUACGACCUCUAUCAACCUUUGGACACGAAUUUUCCCGAUGACAUCAGCAUUGCAAUUUGUCCUGGAAUUGGCAACACAUCCGAGAGCGUGUACAUCCGUACGUUUGUUCACUGGGCCCAAUGCCACGGCUACCGAUGUGCAGUUCUAAAUCACGUGGGUGCCCUCAAAAGCGUUCCGGUAACUGCCCCCAGAAUUUUCAGCUAUGGGAACACGAACGAUUUCGAAGAGUUGUUACAGAACAUUAUAGCCAGAUACCCAAGCACAAAAAUUAUUUGUGUUGGUUUUAGUUUGGGUGGCAACUUGGUAACAAAAUAUUUAGGCGAAAUGGAUAGAAACCGACCUCAACAUAUUAUCGGUGGAAUAUCAGUUUGCCAAGGCUACAACGCUAUAGAUGGUACAAAAUUACUGCUAAACUGGCAGAAUUUCCGCAGAUUCUACUUAUACAUUAUGACCGAGAACAUGAAGGGUAUCAUCUUACGCCACAGAAAUGUACUACUCUCCGAAGAAGUCAAGAAACGUCAUGGUUUAAGUGAACAUGAAAUAAUAGCCGCCGCAACUUUACCAGAACUAGAUGAAGCUUACACCAGGAAAGUACAUGGAUUCAGUUCAAUCAGUGAAUUGUACACGUGGAGCUCCAGCAUCAACUACCUUAACAACAUUCAACUACCUAUGAUUUUCAUCAACUCUAAGGAUGAUCCAAUUGUGCCAGAACCUCUACUCGAUCCUGUUAAGAAUUUGGCAGCAACUAAGAACAACUUUAUGUAUGUGGAGGUUGCCCAUGGUGGUCAUCUGGGCUUUUACGAAGGAGGAUUGAUUAAUCCAAAUCCAGUGACCUGGUUGGAUCGAGCCCUUGUAGCUCUAGUCGGUAGUUUGGUGUUGAACCACGACGAUAGCAUAAUUAAAGCUUAAUUAAUGCCGCCGACAUAAACACAACGACCCAUUUAGCUUUCUAUCUAUGUAUGUUUACAUGUGUAAAGUUCACUAUGAUGAGCUAGUCGUUUUGUCAGUAUUAGUGGAUCAAUGUGUGGUUUACAGAUAAAAAUCUUGUGUGUGAGAUCUAGAAUAGUCAUUCCUGUUUGUAAACGUGCCACAGUUGCACGCUAUAUAUUCCUGUACUAAAAUUGCAUUUAAUUUUGUAUGUACUUCAUAUAACCAGUUAGGCAUUUGUACUUGAAUACAUGUGAUAAACACGGUAUAAAGCGCUCAUGUUGACAAUGUGAAGCUCAAGUUUCAAAGUUCGAUUUCCAACAGCUUGACUAACAGAGCUCAAAAUUAAAUUUUAUGUAUCUACUUAUGUGCUGUAUAGUUGUGUGUUAACUACAAAUUUUUUUUGUAGGAUUGAUCGCAAAUCAAAACAAAAUCGUCGGGUGUAUGUUGCACUAGUCCCACCUGAUUUAUUGUGAUAUUUAUUCAUAUUUCAAUCAGGAGGAUGACAAUAUACCGCUUACAAUGAUUCCUGGCCCAAAAAAAUUUAAGAUCCCUAUUUACUGACGUGUAUAUUGUCUUCUCUGAAGAACAAAAUUUAUUUACAAUAUGAAGAUUAUUUUUAUACAGAACUUAUACAUUUCGUUGUUUUAAAAAUUUAAUUUAUAAUAUAUAUUUAUGAAAGAUCAUAGCUUUAGAUGAAUGUUUUUAUUGUAUAUGAUUUGAAUGAAUAAAAUUAUAUUAACAGUAUUAAA